AUGGAUAAAAUCAAUAUUAGAUACUACAUUUUAACAAGAUUUAAACUUGGCUGUACAGCAAAGCAAAUUCACGUGGAGUUGUGUGAUGCGUGGGGUGAAGAUGAUCCAAGAGUUGGUCGACCCGUAACUGGGGUUACUGAUGAAAAUAUUGAGACUGUUCGUAUGUUAAUUGAAGAAAAUCCGCAUAUUAGUAUUCGUUAUCUUGCAUUUGAAACUGGUGUGCCAUAUGGAACAAUUAAUAGUAUUACUCAUGAUGAGCUUAAAUUGAAAACGUUAUGUGCAUGA